AUGGCCAACCUAAUCCUCUUCUUCUCCUCUGUUUUGAUUCUCCCUUUUGUUUAUUCAGUUCACUUUAACAUAACUCGUUUCGUGUCAGACAGUUCUGAAAUAUCAUACCAAGGAGAUGCAAAAGCCAACGGAGCUGUCGAGCUUACCAACAUUGAAUACACAAGCCGUUCCGGUUGGGCUACUUACGGUAAGAAAAUCCCUCUAUGGGAUCCACAAACCGGUAAGCCUUCGGAUUUCACCACCCGUUUCUCCUUCAGGAUAGACACACGUGGUGCCGCCUACGGUAACUACGGUCAUGGCUUCGCCUUCUUCCUAGCUCCCGCGGAGAUCCAAAUGCCUCCCAACUCAGCUGGUGGUUUCUUGGGUCUGUUCAACGAAACAGACGUUCUCUCUUCUUCUUACCCACUAGUUCAUGUUGAGUUCGACACGUUUACUAAUCCGGAAUGGGAUCCUCUCGACAUGGGGUCUCAUGUGGGGAUCAACAACAACUCUCUUGCUUCUUCUAAGGCAACUUCUUGGAAUGUAUCCACACACAGCCAAGAUAUAGGCCGUGUGGUGAUCUUGUAUGAUUCCGUUAGAAGAAACUUGAGCGUCUCUUGGUCUUACGACUUAACAUCUGAUCCACGGAAGGAGAAUUCUAGCCUUUCUUACAUCAUUGAUCUUGCAAAAGUGCUCCCUUCAGAAGUAACGGUUGGGUUCUCUGCGACAUCUGGAAGUGUCACUGAAGGAAACAGACUUUUGACGUGGGAGUACAGUUCAGACCUGGAGAUGAGAGAUAUCAAGAAAAGUCAAGAAGACAAGAAAGGGAUGAUCAUUGGUAGUUCAGUUUCCGGGUUUGUUUUAGUAACGUUCUUCAUUGUCUUACUCAUCGUCUUCUUGAAACUGAAGCAGCGGAGGAAGGCAGGAGUGGAGAAAGAACACUUGACAUCGAUAAAUGAAGAUUUAGAAAGAGGAGCAGGACCAAGAAAGUUCUCUUACAAAGACCUUGCGUCAGCUGCUAACAACUUCUCAGUUGAUAGGAAGCUAGGGGAAGGAGGGUUCGGAGCGGUUUAUAAAGGCUACUUAAACGGCUUAGACAUGAUGGUUGCGAUAAAGAAGUUCGCGGGAGGAGGAGGACAAGGGAGAGUGGAGCCUGAGAGGAGCCUUGUGGAGAGAGUGUGGGAUUUGUAUGGGAAAGGAGAAGUGAUUACAGGUGUUGAUGAGAAACUUGGGAGUGAAGGGUUUGAUGAGAAGCAAGUAGAGUGUCUUAUGAUUGUUGGGUUGUGGUGUGCUCAUCCUGAUAGUAACUCGAGACCUUCUAUAAAACAAGCGAUCCAGGUUUUGAAUUUUGAAGCAACGUUGCCUCAUCUUCCUAUUAAAAUGCCUGUUGCUAGUUAUCAUGUGUCGUCUUCGAGUGCUGCAACAUCGGUUAGCUCUGGUGGAGCUGCGACAGCAACGUUUUCAAGUGCUCAACUUGGUCGUUGAAAGAUGAUAUAAGUUUCUUUCUGUUUGUACUCUUGUUUCUUGACUGUUUGGUGUGCAUUGCAUGUGUGUGUGUUGUUGUAUCUAGUUCUUG